AUGGCGCUGCGUCGCCUCCCGCGUCGAGCUCCCCUGCACUCCCAGCUGCGCGGCGCGAAACCAUGGACCGAAUUGUGGGACACCCCGGCUGCAGGUACUCCUCUACAGCUCCUCUUUACGGCAGCAGGCAUGGCCGACCACGUCGAGGUGAGGCCAUCUGGCAUUGCCGGGGCAGGUCGCGGCCUCUUUGCCCGCAAGAAGUUCGCCCCAGGAGAUGUGGUCGUCUCGGUAGAUCGGCCACUCGCAGCGGAAUGCGAGUACGACCGCAUGCUCGACACGUGCUCGUGGUGUUUUCAUCGUUCCAUUACAGAACCCGAAGAAAGGGCCCAGGCCGCAUCGAUGGGCCUUCCCAUGGGCUUCAUCGAGGUCAAGGCAUGCUCAGGCUGCCGAAGGGUUGCCUAUUGUUCCAAGAAAUGCCAGUCGAAAGCCUGGAAGCAGGAUCACAAAUAUGAGUGCAAGAUUAUCGGGGUCCCUGGCCGGCCACCCUUGCCUCCGCCAGUCAGAGCCGUGAUCAAGUUGCUCGGCAGGCUCAAGGCCGAUCCGACUGGAAGCAGCUCCAAGCUGCUGGAGCUCCUCACAUUCAGGCCUUUCGAAGGGGGCGCUGGACUGGACGAGUUCGAGAGGAACAACAAAGCUCGCCUCGACGAUUUCAACACUCUAGCUCAUGCCGCUUGGUUUUACUCCGACAAACCUAACUUCGACUUCGCCAGCGGCGAGCUCAUUGCCAAGGGGUUCUUGUUUGCUUUCUACAGCAACCAAGUCAGGAUCUCUUCUCCACUAGACGAAGGGCAGUAUGGCAGUUGUUUCGAUCCCCUGAUCUGCAGUGCGAACCAUUCCUGCGAGCCAAACGCAAUCAUCACGUUCGCUCAGCCACGCCAAUUCAUUCGUGCCCUCAAGCCCAUCAAGGCUGGCGACGAGGUCCUGGUGCAUUACGUGGACAUUUCCAACCCCUUCGGUGUCCGCCAGCUAGACCUCAAGGACGGGUAUUACUUUCAUUGCCGGUGCCCCAAGUGCAAAAAGGGCUCCAGAUUCGCUGCUGAAGAUGAAUUCUGCAAAAUGGGAGAGGAUCUGGACGAUGACUGGUUCAAGCUCGCCGAUGAACUCGUCGAACGCCAUCGAGAUGUGCUCGACAAGUACAUGGUCCCUGUCAACGAUGCAAAGGCACAGGAGCGACUCACUGCCAUGCAAGCCGAAGCUUUCACUGUUGCUCAGCAGAAGGGCGCAGUCAGCGUGGACGACAUCAAAGCCACGCUCAAGAUGUGCAUUAACUCAGGCAUGUGGAAGUGGACGAGACAGCCCGUGCCAAAACUGUGCAGGAACUUGUUGUCCGUAUACCUUGCCAACGCCGAUGUCUACCGGGCGUUCCGUGUUGGGAUCAAACUGUACUUCGAGAUCACUCCUGUGAUUUCACCGCAAGCAUUUUCCCCGGAACGCCUUAUCCUGGCGUGGAACUUGUCCACGGUUGUCAAUGUUCUAUGCGGCCCCAUGCACGAGGACGUGUGCAACGAGCUCGCGAAAGAGGCUGGUAUUGAGCUGCGCGUGGUCUACUGCGGACUUCUCUUUGACCUAUACGACAAUAUCGACUACAUGUACGAUGACGAAACACCGUUUGGUGUACUGGUCAACGGCACGUACGAGCAGAUCAUCCCGCAACUGGGUUAUCCCGAGCAGCAACUUAGGGACAAGGCCAAGGAAAUGAGACCCAAGAUCGAAGAGCUCGCAAGGAGCAUCUCUGUCGACACCAUAUGA